CUCCCCCCUUCCAGGAGGAGAGCGCUGGAGCUGGAGAAGCCCCGCCUUCGCCACACUCACUCGCUCACACGCGCGCGCAGCAUUCUGUGUGCCUAUUGUGAAGCUUUGUGCGGAGGAAGCCUUGCACUCUCUCUCCCCUCCCCGCCUUUUCUUUCUUCUCCCGCCUCGAGCUUUCUUCCCUCUUUUUCCUCCCGCCCCCUCCGGAAUUCUCACGACUGCCUCUCCGCGAGGGGGCCGUUGGAAGGAAGCGUUCGAACUUCAGACCCAAACGGACCAGGUUGGGGGGUGGAGAGGCGGACGGGUUGGCGCGAGCCCAGCAGACGCCGACCGGGGAGGGGACUAAACAGCGGCGGCGAUUUGUAUGAAGAUGUGAGGGGAAGAGACGGCUUUGGCUAUCGCUCCUCCUGGAGAGAGACGGUGAGACUCAUUCCUGGCCAGAGAUGAGACACAGUACUAUUUGUACGAUAUGUUUACCUGACAACCCAUCAAAUCCUGUGUAUACAUAGAAAACUAUUUUGAACGCAAAAUCCAACGCACCUCAGAAGUUCUACUUGUAAUUUAAAAAGAAAUUUAUUAACAACAAAGGGUAUUCUGGUUCUGGUGCUUCAGUAUGCCGUUGGUAAAAAGAAACAUAGACCCCAGGUACCUUUGUCAUACAGCACUGCCACGGGGCAUCAAAAAUGAACUUGAAUGUGUUACCAAUAUCUCCUUGGCAAACAUAAUUAGACAACUAAGCAGUCUAAGUAAAUAUGCAGAAGAUAUAUUUGGUGAACUUUUCAAUGAAGCACAUAGUUUUUCCUUCAGAGUGAACUCCUUACAAGAACGUGUGGACCGUUUGUCUGUCAGUGUUACACAACUUGAUCCAAAGGAAGAAGAACUUUCAUUACAGGAUAUAACAAUGAGGAAAGCUUUCAAAAGUUCCACAACUCAAGAUCAGCAGCUUUUUGACCGUAAGACUCUUCCAAUUCCAUUGCAAGAGACUUAUGAUACGUGUGAACAGCCUCCUCCACUGAACAUACUUACACCUUACAGAGAUGAUGGAAAAGAGGGUUUGAAGUUUUACACCAAUCCUUCAUAUUUCUUUGAUCUUUGGAAAGAAAAGAUGUUGCAAGAUACAGAAGACAAAAGAAAAGAAAAAAGAAAGCAGAAGAAGAAUUUAGAUCGUCCUCAUGAACCGGAAAAAGUGCCACGGGCUCCCCAUGACAGACGGAGAGAGUGGCAGAAGCUAGCCCAGGGUCAAGAACUUGCUGAAGAUGAUGCGAGUCUCUUGCACAAGCACAUUGAAGUCGCUAAUGGCCCUGCAUCACAUUUUGAGACAAGACCUCAGGCAUAUGUGGAGCACAUGGAUGGACCUUACUCCCUUUCUGCAUUGCCAUACAGCCAGAUGACAGAACUACUGAACAGGGCAGAGGAACGUGUAUUAGUGAGACCACAUGAGCCACCUCCGCCACCACCGAUGCAUGGAGGUGGAGAUGUGAAACCCAUUCCACCCUGUGUCAGCUCCACCUCAGGUUUGAUUGAAAAUCGCCCUCAGUCACCUGCUACAGGCAGAACGCCAGUGUUUGUGAGUCCUACGCCGCCGCCGCCGCCACCUCCACCUCUUCCGUCUGCUUUGUCUACUUCGUCAUUAAGAUCUGCAAUGACUUCCACUCCUCCCCCUCCAGUGCCACCACCUCCACCUCCUCCAACAGCUGCUUUGCAAGCUCCUGCUGUACCACCACCUCCAGCUCCUCUCCAGAUUGCUCCUGGAGUUCUUCACCCUGCUCCUCCUCCAAUUGCACCUCCUUUAGCCCAACCCUCUCCUCCAGUCACUAGAGCUGCCCAAGUGUCUGAAACUAUUCUAGUUCCACAAGGUGAAAUGCAAGGACUUCCUCCUCCACCGCCUCCACCUCCACUGCCACCUCCUGGCAUUCGACCCUCAUCACCAGUCACAGCUCUGUCUCACCCUCCCACAACCAUUGUUCCUGGCCCUCAUGUUCCAAUAAUGCCUCCCUCCCCACCGUCUCAAGUCACUCCUGCUUCGGAACCCAAACGCCACCCAUCAACACUUCCUGUCAUCAGUGAUGCCAGAAGUGUCCUCCUGGAAGCACAUUUAAAAGGUAUUCAGUUGCGAAAAGUUGAAGAGCAACGUGAACAAGAAGCUAAACAUGAGCGCGUUGAGAAUGAUGUUGCCACUAUAUUGUCUCGUCGUAUUGCUGUGGAAUAUAGUGAUUCUGAAGAUGACUCGGAGUUCGAUGAAGUGGAUUGGUUGGAGUAGAAUGGAUAUAUACUACAAACAUGAAUGCUGAUGUCCAUUGUGGUGCUUGUUCUUUGAAAAUGUUUGGUCAUUUCUAGUAUUUUCUUUAUAUAACCCAUGUUUUUCUACUUUUCAGUUCACAGAAUGUUAGCACAUCUUUGAAACUAAAUGUUUUACAGUGAUGCAGCUCUUUGGGAGAGCAUAAUUUGUUCCAGUAGACCACUAAGUAUUAAGCAUGGGCAGCUGUUGGUAGAAUAGCAGAUUAAAUUUUUUGGCAUAUCUUUAACUGUGCACUUUGUGAAUUUUAAGUUAUGAAGAUGAUUAGGACUGAAGUUUCAAGGGCAGUAUGUACUAAUGAGCCUUAUUACACUGUUAAUGAUUCAAAAACAGGGAAAAGAGGGUAUGAUCCAUCAAACUGCAGUUUCCUGUGCCAUCCAUGGAACACAAGCAGGAGAAAAACGUGGUGGAUUACACCCUCACUAUCAUGUUUCCGCUAUCUGAGUAGGUACAUCUUGUUCUAGCAGUACUGGACCCACUGAAAGAAAAUGAAAUUAGGGUCUUUGAGAAGUUUUAUUGUUGUUUUUAUUAAAUAAUUAUGGCCUUAUUUGAAUGUUUUGAGAUUUUUCUCCCUUCUUUCCUGGUACCUAUUGUGUGAUACUAUUUUGCCUGCUUAAGAGUUUGAUUUCCAUUUACCCACCCUGUGUAACUUAUGUAACUGUUAAAAAUAACAGUUUGAUUUAAAUAAACAAUUUGUUCUAAGUGUU